AUGUCGACCGGAAUCCCUCUGAUCCAGCCUUCCAACACCGCAUUGACUUUCAAUGCCACUGCAGCAAAGCGGUCUAUUUUCAGUGCCCCAACAGUGGAUCUGAACCUAACCCAUGGAAUGGUUCACGACAUGGACAGGGAUCAGAACGACGAAGAAUAUGUCGCCGUGCUGCAUCUGGAUCCCAGUCCCAUCAAAAAGGAUGUCUCUGCCGACUCUUGGGCCAAGACCAAUAGGACGCUGCGCUCUACUUUUAGACCCACAACAAACGAGAUCGCUGUUUAUGUUGCAGGAAGAAAGGCCGCAGAGGAGUUCCCUACCAAGCAGAAGAGCUCAGUUGAGGACAACACCAUAUUUCUUUGCCAGGCCGCAAUCCCAAAGAGCCGCAUUCCAUUCAUCGAGCAAACCUUUAAAGUCUUUCUUGACAUCGCAUCCAAGAAUCCCUACAAAGCAGGAGGCACCUCGGACUACAAACACCACCUGGAACGAUACAACAAGGCGAUCGAGGAGCAUCUCGCACAUCUCUAUGUGGAGUCAAAAACGAAUGAUACGUUGGAGAUCGAACAGGAGACGACCCUCAUGGAGUCCUUCAGUGCUGUAUGGCAAUUGGCUGAAGCAGUGUUCUUGAAAUCUGACAGGAACCAGCCGAUCGCCUUCAUGUUCAACGAAUGGCUGGCCACUCACGACACCAGUCAGGACCAAGAACUCGGAAAGACCUUGCUCGCAGAUUCUUCGAAAUUAACCCACCCAGACUUUUGGUCAUACAUUCGUCGAUGCUUGCUCAGAGGCAUGAUCGAGUCAGUUAUUUUCAUUCUGGAACAGACAUUGAACGAUGAAGAGGAUGAGCAAGUGGCUAGAGCACUGGAAGAUCUAGUGAGAGUACUCAAGGAUAUUCCUUCUUCUGAGAAGACUUUCCCACCUGGAGAAUUUCACUCUCGACACAUGAAUUGGAAGGAAGAGUGCAAGAAAUUCACACAGUCUAAACAUGUCAAGCAUCUUGGAAAGGGAGCAAAGGAUGUGAUGAAGGUGCUGUCAUGCGAAGCUGAGGAAAUCAUCGAUGUAUCCGAUUGUUGGGAGGAAGCAGUUUCAGGCACAUUCCUCUUCGUGCACCCUGAUUGUGAGCGGGAAAACAUUGGUAGGCAGAUUUUGGAGACAUGCUUGCCUCCUUUCUUGGAAAGCACUGACGUGACAUUGCUGGACAGAAUCAAGAUUGCCAUCUUGCAAAUGGACGAUGUCAAGACAGUUCGCCUUUGUGGAGAAUUUCACCCCUGGCUUGUUGCUCAUUUGUCGACUGUGCUGCAACAGUAUGGCUAUCUCGACAUGAGUGCGAUUGAUCUACAGGAUAUCGCCACUCAGGGCUGGGACUCUAACAUUCACGACUUCUUCGUCAUCAGCUAUGCUCAAAGUCUCAUGUCAAAUCUCUCUCUUUGGGAGAUUGUUGCAGGAUAUUUGAUCAGGUGUGGCCACACGGGUCGUUCGACGCUCUCAGAGUGGAUCUGCCAUGUUCCUUUGAACUCGUCAGAAAAGGCUCAUAAAGUUCUCAAGUUCUGUGAGGAGAAUGACCUUAAAGACUCGCUGCGAUCCAUCAACAGGGUUAUGGCUGUGGAAGAGGAGAAGCGAGGAGAAUAUGCACAGGCUAUUCAACACUUUAUCGUCUCAAAAGAUCUCGAUCGAGUGGCAAAAGUAGUCGACAACCUUGUUCUCGGCUACCUUGAACAUGGACAAUUUGAUCUAGACGAUACACUUGCGUCGAUUGAAGCCUUGGACACAACCAGUACCCAUGUUCAAUUCCUGAGAUCUUACGCCGGGUUCCACCGUGACUACAAGAAUUGCAAGCUUGCCAAAGCUGGAGAAACGUUGGUCAAGCUGCUCUCAAAUGGAACGGCGCCGAAGAAAUACUGGAUUGUUUUGCUUCUGGAUGCCCUCCCUCUUCUGGAAAACAAGCAGCAGGUGAUCUUUGACUCGAGUGACACGUUUGUCCUGAUGCAGUCCCUUGAGGAGCUUGUCGGGUCCCAGUACAAAUCGGAAUAUCUUCAGCUGUUACCACAAUCAAGCUCUGGUUCCACAUCAACGGUAGAGGAGGCUCAGCUGGACGUUUUGCGGCUGUCUCUGACCAGGAAUCUUGCUCGGUCCUUUGUGCACCCUCCUCACCGCCCUGACGAGGAUAUCUUGAUGGCUUGA